AGUCACUCAUAAUCGCUAAAUGAAACUUUCAUACGAACUUAGACACACAAGGUAGCAAAAGCCAGUCCAACGCGAAGAUGCAGCCUGCUGUGGAAGCCAGGCAACGUAUUGCCAGACUAUCAGCUCAUCUUAAUCCCACUAAUUCCCAGAUGGAGGCAAAUACCAUGUUGGAGCGGGUGGACUGCAGAGCAAAAGGUGGUUCUCCUGGAUUCAAAGUGGCAAUAUUAGGUGCAGCUGGAGGGAUUGGCCAACCGCUUGCAAUGUUAAUGAAGAUGAAUCCAUUAGUCUCAGUUCUUCAUCUCUAUGAUGUUGUCAAUUGCCCUGGUGUCACGGCUGAUAUUAGCCACAUGGACACUGGUGCUGUGGUGAGGGGCUUUCUUGGGCAACAGGAGCUUGAGGCUGCUCUAACAGGAAUGGAGCUCAUUAUUAUACCUGCCGGUGUUCCCAGGAAGCCUGGAAUGACCAGGGAUGAUCUCUUCAAUAUUAAUGCUGGAAUUGUGAAGACCCUGUGUGAAGGAAUUGCAAAGUGCUGCCCCAAUGCAAUUGUGAACUUGAUCAGCAAUCCCGUGAACUCUACUGUCCCAAUUGCUGCAGAAGUUUUCAAGAGGGCAGGCACUUAUGAUCCAAAGAAGCUUUUGGGAGUUACCAUGCUUGAUGUCGUCAGAGCUAAUACUUUUGUGGCUGAAGUUUUGGGACUUGAUCCUAGGGAAGUUGAUGUUCCUGUUGUUGGUGGUCAUGCUGGAGUAACAAUUCUGCCUCUUCUUUCACAGGUUAAGCCUCCGUGCUCAUUUACACCAGAUGAAACUGAAUACCUGACAAAACGCAUUCAAGAUGGUGGAACAGAAGUUGUUCAGGCAAAGGCUGGGGCUGGCUCUGCAACUUUAUCAAUGGCGUACGCUGCAGUCAAAUAUGCAGAUGCAUGCCUGCGUGGGCUUAGGGGUGAUGCUGGCGUCGUAGAAUGUGCUUUUGUAGCUUCUCAGGUCACGGAACUCCCUUUCUUUGCUACAAAGGUACGACUUGGUCGUACCGGAGCUGAAGAGGUCUAUCAAAUAGGACCCUUGAAUGAGUAUGAGAGGGUUGGACUGGAGAAAGCAAAGAAAGAGUUAGCAGCGAGCAUCCAAAAAGGGAUUUCCUUCAUAAAGAAAUGAACAGUGAGCUUCAUGACUACAUUGAAAUUGCUUGUAAAGCAGAGCACGCUUGGGUCAUGGAAAGAUAUUCUGGAACCUAGUAGUUAGAGAGUCCUCGCGUUUUAACAUUUGCUGGAUAGGAAGUUAAGCGAGACAAGUGGAAGUCCUUUAUGAAAGAACUUCAUUCAGAAAAAGGAAAAUUAACUUCAUUCAGAAAGAACUUUAUGAAUAUGUUUAGCAGCCAACAUCAUCUGCAGAUCAGAAAAAGCUAUGUAAAGUAAAAGUACUGCAGAUGUUUGCCUUAAUAUAUGAAGUAAAAUCAUAAUCCGCUUUCAGCUCAA